AUGCCGUACUUCGACGACAUCUUGGUAGCCUCUAGAACGCAGAGUGACCAUGCAACCCAUCUGCGAAAGGUGCUUGAAAUAGCACGCAACAAGAAUCUGAAGCUGAACAAGCUCAAGCUGGGACUGUCUACAGUAACGAACCUUGGUCACCAGCUAACCCAAGACGGCAUUGCUCCCGACCCUGAAAAGCGUUUCACCGUGAAGCUAUUCCAUGUGCAUGGAAAACACUUGACAGCUGCUGACACCCUGUCUCGUGCACCUAAUCCAGCACAGACCAUCAAGCCAGUAGACAAGGAACAUGGUGUCCUGGUCUGCACAUUGGUUCAAGCAUCCACAGCAAAGCUGGCUGAAAUCCACGCUAGCACGGCAGCAGAUGAGGUCUUGAAGCGUGUAAUGACCUACAUCGAACACGGUUGGCCAAACAAAAUCUCAAAGGUCCGCCCAUUAUUCAGACCCUUCUACCCAAGAAGUGAGCUCUACAUAACCGAUGGCUUCGUCUGCUAUGGCGAACGACUAGUAGUGCCAGAAGCAUGCAAGAACAAUGUGCUCUCAAGACUGCACAUGACCCAUCGCGGCAUUGUCGCAUGCAAGAACCUGGCUUCCCAAAGCGUCUUCUGGUUUAGGAUAAACCAGGACAUCGAGGAGCUGAUCAGCAGCUGUGAAGCUUGUCAACGCCACCAAAGAGCAAAUCAAAGAGAACCUCUUCUUGACCGAGACUUGUGA